AUGUGUGCUUCUGAUACUUGUUUGCAAUUUUGUCUAAAACUCAUUCGGAUCUAUCUUAAAUCCACAGAUCCAAAGAAGCACGAACUCCGAGUACCAACGCAAAUCGAAUGGCAAAAGGCAGCUGCACGUCGCUACGUCCACUCCGUCCUCACCCAUUCCUCCCUCCUUCCCUUCCGUUGGCGCGGCAACCGCUAUAUCUGCUUCUACUGCCACUACACCUUCACAGAGGCCACCUGCUUAAGGACACAUACUAGGACUCACCAAAACCUGGCCAUUAUGAAGCAUUUAACACAAACUAGAGACUUCGCACCCAUAAAAGUUGAUAUCGGAGAAACUUUAAAAUGCCUCAAGUGUAAACAUGAAGAUGACAGCUUAGAAGGGUUGGUUUCACAUUUAAAAAGCCAUAAAUUAAUUGGAGAUAUAGAGCAGGAGUGUUUCUUGCCUUUCAAACUAGCUGACAAUCAGAUAUCUUGCCUGAAAUGUGCUAAAUCUUAUCAGUCUUUCGGCAUGCUUUACUCUCAUAUGAAUAAAGCUCAUUUGGAAGGCACUAAGCGCAUUUGCGAGGCGUGCGGUGAAAGCUUUUUCUCAGAUUUCAGUUUAAGAAAGCAUGUGCAGUCGCAUCAUUCUAAUUCCGACUUCAAAUGCAGCCAUUGCAACGAGAAAUUUAAGUUGGAUGCCAAUAGAAUUAGCCAUGAAUAUAAAGAGCAUAACAUCAAGUCUUUUAAAUGCUACAAGUGUGAUGAAAUGUUCGGUUCGCAUUAUUUACGGCGUUUGCACUUGCACAGUACUCAUAUGAAGAUGGAAUUUACUUGCAAGGAGUGUUCUAAAACUUUUCUAAGCAAGUCUUUGCUAAAUCGACACGUGAAUAGGGUACAUUUGAAGGAGAAGAAAUUCGCGUGUCCCGUGUGUGGGGAUAAGUUCUUUGAUCUGGGAACUUUGAACGUGCAUGCGAAGAAGCAUUCGUAUAGCCAGCAGAAGAGUUUCCAGUGUAAGGUAUGUUCGUUGGUUUUCGGUGGGAAGGUGGAACUGAGUGAUCAUAUGGUCACUCAUGCGGGGCAGUCGCUGUCGCUAAAGUAAGUUAUGUAUGCAAAUUAUAAAGACAAGACAUACAGUAUGUAUCAGAACGAAAGGCAAAGAAAGAGACCCAUUAAUUUUUAGGUCAUACUGAGCAACUUUUACUAUGGGACCAACCCCGAAAACGCGGAAAAAAAAUU